AAUAAAUAAAAUGCUCACAAGGGCAUUAGCCAAAUAGAUGCGUCUAGGUAGAUAUUGAAGCUAAAGUGUAUAAUAGGAUUCUCAGCUGCUAAGAAGCAAGCAGAGACAGGUAAAACAGGAAGCACAACAUCAGGAUAAAUAGCAUAAGUAAUUGGUGCAGUUGUUGAUGUACAAUUUGAUGGACCACUUCCUCCAAUCUUGAAUGCAUUGUAAGUUUAAGGGACAAGUCAUAAAUUAAUAUUGGAAGUGGCUUAACAUUUGGGUGAUAGUAGAGUUAGAACAAUUGCUAUGGAUUCAACAGAAGGAUUGAUUCGUGGUUAACCAGUUUCAGAUUUAGGAGGUCCUAUUACUAUUCCAGUUGGACCAGAAACAUUAGGACGUAUUAUGAAUGUAAUUGGUGAUCCAAUUGAUGAAAGAGGUCCUAUUGAAACAAAAAUUAGAUAUCCUAUUCAUAGAGAAGCUCCAAGUUUUGUAGAUUAAGGUAGUGGUGCUGAAAUUUUAAUUACUGGUAUUAAAGUAGUAGAUUUAUUGGCACCAUAUGCAAGAGGUGGUAAAAUUGGAUUAUUUGGUGGUGCAGGAGUAGGAAAAACAGUGCUUAUUUAAGAAUUAAUUAAUAAUGUUGCUAAAGCUCAUGGUGGUUAUUCAGUAUUUGCAGGAGUUGGUGAAAGAACUAGAGAAGGAAAUGAUUUUUAUCAUGAAAUGGUUGCAUCAGGUGUUAUUAAUUUAAGUGGUGGAUCCAGAUGUGCACUUAUUUAUGGAUAAAUGAAUGAACCACCUGGUGCUAGAGCUAGAGUUGGUUUAACUGGUUUAACUGUUGCUGAAUAUUUCAGAGAUGAAGAAGGAAAAGAUGU